AUGUUACAAUACAGGGAAUGUUUUAAAACUUUCCGCCUGACGGAUAGCCUAGUCCAAAACAUUCGCGUUGUUGGCGUCACGCUAGACAAAAAAUUCCUGAUUUUAAGUAAUUCUGCAACAGAAUCUUCGAUUGAAAAAGUAUCACCUGAAGGAGACUCGGUAACUGUUAUAUCAUUCAAUAAAAAGAUUGAUAUUAUUAACGCUUCUUUAUCUCACGAUAACGAAAUAUGCCAUAUUACUGAAAAAAUUGAUAAUGGAAAAACAAUUAAGUUUGUUUCUUCUUUUUAUUCAAUAUUUCAAAGUGCUAAGAGCAAUGAAAUUACAGCUGAUGUUCCAAUCGAAGGAUUUUUCCUUCCAAUUACUAAUUCAAAGAAUAUUUAUCAGAUGAUUCACAUUAUAGGAAAAAGAUUAACGCAUCUGAAAAUUACUCUUAAGAAGAAGCAUAUUGAUGUCGAAAAAAUUCGCGGUGGAUUACAUUUACAAAAUUUAAUUUCUUUUGACUAUAAUCAUGAAAAAGAGAACCUUACCGUUAUAUAUUCUAACGAUGAUUCACAAUAUCUCUCCAUUUUUGGUUUUAAGUCACAAACUAUUGAAGAAUUACUAAAAUACAAAAUUUUUAUUAUGGAAACAUCAGUAUUACCUUACGAUGUUGCCCUCUGUCCUGCCUCACGACAAAGCCUUCCCUAUUACCACCUAACUCCAAAUAGAAUUUACGUUUAUACGAAUAAUAAAAAAUCCGUCAUCAUUCAACAGCUUAAUUCCAAUACUUAUCAACAUUUAUCAUUCUGCGUCUCAUCCUACCCCGAUGCUUUCAAUCAAGUUAUACAAGUUCCUUCAGUUUCAGCAGAUAUGCCAAUUUGUUUUGCCAAUUUCAAUUCUAUUAUCAUUGUUUACAUACCAAAUACAUAUUUCUGCAUCAUUGAUGCCGAUUUGAGGCCUGCCCAUAUUACAGUUCUUCCAAAAAAUUUGGCAACUUCAAUUUGCUAUUACGUAUCAGUUUCUCUUCCAAUUGAGAACACCCUUAUUGAUAUUAAUAGCAGACAGAUAUAUUCCGUGGCCAUAGACUUCUCCUGUCUCUUUCCUUAUUAUAAAAUAAUUGAUGACUGCAUAAUUUAUGCUUUCGCGCUGUUCAUUAACAGUAACCUUGACUCCAAAUACCUUUCCGAUAUCCUGGAGCUCCUCAGAUUGACAGGAGAAAUUCAUCAUACGCAAAUCUUUUUCCAGACGCUCUUCCAGAAGCUCGCGAUGCCAACGCAAGGCAUAAAAUCCCAGAAAUCACGUAGCCACACAACGUUGGCCCAGUAUUAUAAGAAUAUGCAGCAGAAAGGUGAAAGAUUACCUCCUUCCUUGGCAAAAAUCGGGUUCCCUGCAUAUAUAAGAGAGACCCUUGAAUCCAUUGAGGCCGAUUUCCCAUCCAGUGGCCCUAUUUCCAGGAGAUCCGCGUUCAGACUCGCUGUGAAAGCUCUCCACGAAAAAAAAGUUUGGAGAGAAAGCGAAAAAAACGCGAAAAAAGCAAUUAAGUUCUUGGAGAAGCAGAAUAGAGCAACGGUGAUGAUAAGAGAGGCCUUGGAUAUAUUCGAGAAACGCUAUAAACCACCAAAUGAAUGGUUAAUUAACGUUGAGAUUAUUAUUGCAACUGAAGCCUCGUUUAUUUCAUUUCCUACUAUACCAUGCUUAUCAUCUGAUAUUGCAACACUUGGUUUGGAGAUGUUUUCUAAGCCAUUGAGGCAGAAAUUCGAAUCAGCUAAAAUUAUGACUCCUUUCGAGCAAUCAAAGGAAGAAGUUUACUUCUGGAAAGAUAGAAUGAAUAUUGCUGGAUCAAGUGGUCUCACUACUUCUACAUCUAGUUCAACUGCCUCAGGACACGCAGAUGAUUAA